AUAUGACUUCUCAGGCCUGGGGUCUGAAUUAAAAAUCAAGAUCCUUGUUGAAACUUUUAAAAAGUAUUCUAGCAGAGAACUAGAAAAAGUAUUCUAGUAUUCGAGCCCACCAAUAUCUCUAUAAUCUAUUUAAGUUAGUGGAUCAAAUCCAGCAAAAAAGAAAGAUAGUCUGACUGGAUAAUUUGACUUUCAAAGACAUUUCCCAAUCUUCUUAUGUAAAGGUGUGGCAGAAAGAUAAAGAAUGGAAUUCUGGGAAAAAGUUGUCUUUAUCCAUAGAAACCUUUAGAGGAAGAAUCGGUGACAUACCCCAGGAGCAGCUGGGAACCUGCCGCCUCACCUGCUGGCCAUACCGCCAUGCAUCCUUGGGUAGCCAUCUCAAGCUUCAUACUGCUUCUGACAGAUGCUGUAGUUUCUGAUGCACUAGUGAGUGGAGUGGUGGGCCAGCCUGUCACACUGCCCUGCACCUACUCAACAGCUAAUGGAGUCACGACCAUGUGCUGGGGCCGAGGCACAUGUCCUAGUAAUCUAUGCUCAGACGAACUUGUCUGGACUGAUGGAACCCAUGUCACCUUUCAGAAGCACACACGUUAUAAGCUGGAGGGAGACCUUUUGGAAGGGAAUGUGUCUUUGACCAUAGAGAAUGCAGUCCAGGCUGACAGUGGCCAGUAUUGUUGCCGUGUUGAGCACCGAGGGUGGUUUAAUGAUAUGAAACGUACCUUAUCAUUGGAGAUAAAGCCAGCUGAGGUCACCCGUGUUCCAACAUCACCUAGGGUUUUUACCUCCGCUCCUCCAAUGCCUGCACCCACACAGAGCCUCCAACCAGUUGCCACUUCAUCUUCACCAGUGCAGACAGCAGAAACCCAGCCUACCACACUGCAGGGACCCAGGACUCUGCAACCUACCGAUUCACCACUGUACUCUUGCCCAACAGAUGGCAGUGGUACUGUGACACAGUCUUCAGAUGGCCUUUGGCAUAGCAAUCAAACUCACGUGUCCUUGGCACAAAAUCCAUGGAUGAUCACCAGUAAGGGACUCUACAUUGGAAUUUGUAUUCCUGCCAUGCUAUUGCUCAUUUUUUUGGUUGCCAUAAUCACCAAAAAAUAUUUAUGCAUAAGAAACAAGCUGGAGCAACUAAACAUGGUUUCAUUGAAUGACCCUCAGAUUGGAGCUUUGCAAGGUACAGCUGAAGUGCGUGUCCGAGCAGAAGACAAUAUCUACAUUAUUGAGGACAAUGUUUACGUCAUGGAGUAAGACCUGGAAUGGCCCUAUAAGGCCUUAUGCCCUUGACUGUGGAAGAGUGACCAGCUAUCACCAUGUCAGAGGCCUUUGAAGCUCCAGAAUGAUUUUUCUGUCAAUUUCACAUGCAUUCGAACACACCAACGAUGUUGAGUAGAGUGACUCUAGCUCAUCUGUGUACAGUCAACCUCACUUGGUAAUACAGUCUUAAUUUUUUGUACUAAAGUUGGCUCAAACUUUCUGGUCAUUGCAGAGCUCUCUCCCAAACAUAAAAUGAAUGCUGUAGACUGUAUAUUCUCUUUAGAUGCUGUGAACCCUGUAUCCAUCAAGAAUUCUUCCUGAGGAGACAGGAAAAGAACUACCUUGGUCACCAAAACUGUCAAGAAAAGUUGAAUCAGGACUUAAAAUCAGCAAAUCUGAUUUGGGACUAAAAGUGCUUCACUUGGAAGCAUUUCACGAUUAUCUCUUGUUUUUUUAUGUUGUAACGCCAAAUGUCACAUUUCUUUAGUCCCCCAAAAGUUUCAAAUUAUGGGGGUGCACAAGUUUUUAUUUCCCCCAUGAGGAAAUAGAAGUGAGUGUGAUUUUACCAGUAUAGGUACAUCUGGUUUCUCAUGGCUCUGGAAAUAGAAGGUAGUAAGUGCUUUCCCUGGGACUAGGAAGAGUAUUUUUGCAGUUAGAAGAAGCUCGGGUAGUGAGUAGACCAAGUAAAGACCAGGGAAAGAAAAUUAAUUGCCAUGUGAUUUAACUACUCCUGAUGCAUGCCACUUCUGUACAUCUGUGCCACAGUUCUGGGCACUUACAUAGACAACUGUCAGCCUCUCUGAACUAAUAUUUAAAAUGAGGUAGGACAGAAAUAAAAGAAAAAAAGAAAGAGAAUAAGGAAAAAGGCUUUCUUAGAAGAGUUAGUUUGCAGAUACAACAGUAUUGAUUGAGGGUGUUACUAGUUUCAAAUGAAAUUCUAAAUUGUCCUCAAACCACUUUGAUUUUUAAAGGUGUUUUGGAAGGAUGAAGGGCUUGUUUUCAUAUCAUAUUAAUCCCAAAGUUAUUCCUUUUCCACGAUUCUAUUAAAUUUUUAGUUUUGCUAAGACAGUUAAACAAAAGUUAAAGCUGAAGAUAUUUUUGGUCACUAGAAGCAUUUCUACAUGAACAGUUAACAAGGCUGGGUAUUAAUUUCAACAUGAGUACACCCACUCUGAAAUAACUCAGGCUUGAGGUUCAGAGCUACUCACACCCCAGUGGUCUAAGAGGGCAGGAUGUUUGUUUUCUAAGGCAACAUUUUUUGACACUGUUCUGCAGAGUUCUGUGAAAUUAAUAGGACCUCUGAAUGAAGGUUAUAUGGGUAAAUGAAAUUGUUAAUCCUUCUAUACCGGGUUUCUGAAAUGGAGCCUGCCUGAUCUGGUCUAAAAAAUUCAAAACAACAUGUAUAAAUCUGGAUAUUUUAGACUAAAGCCCAGAUUUGUGCCUUUUCUGGAAAGACCCUGUAACAUUGGACUGCAAGUCCUAUCGGGACUUCAUUAGAUCACAUUCCUUCAGUCCCACAGUCCUUGCCUUCCCUGCAUGCUCAUGUUUGUUACCUGGUUUCUGACUGGGGUUUUGGAUUUAUGAUGCUUGCUCUAUAUUCCAUAUCCUUCCUGGAGAUUUUUGAUGGCACACUACAGGCCCUGGGAGUUUGCUUAGCUUUGCUUGAAAAACUUGUUUGAACCUCAUGAGCACAAUGACUCCUGGCAUGCCUAGUAGCACCCUGUGAAACAGUACGUGGAGGCAUGGGGAAAGGGGGACAUAGGAUUUGGAAUAGGACCUACGUUCUAAUCUUAACUCUGAGCAGUAACACUGGAUGACAUUAGGGCAUAUGUUUGUUUAUGCCUAAAUGUUUUAAUCUAUUAGAGAAAAUUACUUCCAUACUUACAUCAGUGUAUAGUGGUAAUUCUUAUAGCAUGUUGCUUGUGAAAAGUGUUUAAAAAGUGAAAAACACUACAGAAAUGCAAAAGUUUUAUUCUUUUGGUGGACUUUAUAGUAAUAACAGAUCUAGCAUUAGUGCUCAAUACAUUUCAGUGGUGUUGCACUUGUCUCUUGCUAUAUGGUACUUAUUUUUGUUUUGAAUUGCUUGUUUUUUUUAAAGGUAUUGGCUAAAUUUAGCCAUAAUUUUAUAUUGUAGAAAAAAUUGUCAGUACCCAAGAGGGUGAUGGGUAAGAGGGAAGGAAGAGGAGGUAUUUAGUUAAUAUUAAAUUCUUUUCUGUAAAUACAUCAAUCUUGUAGCAUGCACCGAGUUUUUUCUUUGAUUCUUCAAGACAAUUGAGAUUCUGUUUUCUACAAUCUAUCUGGGGCAUUUGGACACUGGUAUAAUUAAGACCUUAUGUUUAAACUUAGGAAAGUUUGCACAUUUUUAAGAAGGAGCAAAACCAGUUUUUCACAGAUGGCUGUGAAGAUAAUUUUGUGAGCACAUGAAAGUGUGAGAGACUCUUGUGGCUAGUUUCAUUUGCAUGUACACUCAAGAAUAAAAGAGAUUUUUGUUUUUAUUUUGAAAAUUGAA